AGGUCAUCCACAAUAUUUAAGGUCAACAUGUAACAUUAGCCUGCAUCAAAAUGGCGACUGUCGGAAGUAAACCGAGCGGCGUUGGAGGUGGAAGUUCAAUGCUCAAACAGGAUAAAACCCAACCUCAGUUUGAGGAUCGCUGGGAGGGCAUGAGGCCCACGGUACUCAAACUCUUGAGACAGGAGAACGUGAGCAGAAAUGAAUGGCAUGACCUUUUCUGGGAGGUGUACUCUGUGUGUGUAUGGGAUGAUAAGGGAGUGGACAAGGUCAAUGAAGCACUCAAACAUGACAUCGUCGAGUUCGUCCAGCAAGCCAAACAGCGUGUCCUUCAUGACCAGGAUGAGUCUGCACUCCUGAAGGCCUACAUCCGAGAGUGGGGCAAGUACUUCACCCAGUGUGACUAUCUCCCCAAGCCAUUCAAGCCGCUAGAGACGGCCACGGGGAAGGGGUCCGGUGCCCAGCAGAAGAAGGCCAAUCAGCAGAACGAGGAUUCUACAGUCAGAAAGUUGAUGCUAGAGAGUUGGAGUCACUACAUAUUCUCUAAGAUCAAACAGAAGCUCCAGGAGAGUGCCAUGGGACUGGUACUAGCUGAGAGGAAUGGAGAAGCCUUUGAGAAACAGCUUGUUAUUGGUGUCAGAGAAUCAUACGUUAAUUUAUGCUUGAACAGUGAAGACAGACUGCAGAUAUACAAGGAGAACUUUGAGAAAGCUUACCUGGAUGCUACAGAAGCCUUCUACAAAGCUCAAGCUCCAAACUACCUAGCAGAAAACGGCGUACAGAACUACAUGAGAUAUGCAGACAGCAAACUCAAAGAGGAAGAAAUGAGAGCAAGCAGAUACCUUGAUACGAGCAAAGGAAGUAACUCAAUGAGUUUAUUAACAGAGUGCUGUGUAGAAUGUCUAGUUUCGGUCUUCAAGGAGGAGAUACUGAGGGAGUGUGCACCAAUGAUCAAGAACAAUGAAACAGACAAACUGAACCUGAUGCUAAAGCUGAUGGACAGAGUUCCAGAAGGCAUUAAUCCUAUGCUAAGAGAUCUUGAGCAGCACAUCAUUGAAGCAGGUCUUGCUGACAUGGUUGCAGCGGCUGAGAUCAUCACCACAGAUUCAGAGAAGUAUGUAGAGAGGUUGUUAGAGUUAUUCCAUAGGUUCAGCAAUCUCGUCAAAGAGGCCUUCAACGAUGACCCAAGAUUCUUGACAUCAAGAGAUAAGGCUUACAGGCAUGUAGUCAAUGAUACCAAAGUCUUCCGGUUGGAGCUACCAACAAAAAACAAGAGUGCUGUUAGUAAAGGGCAACCCGAGUCGAGAUGUCCAGAGCUACUAGCAAACUACUGUGACAUGCUUCUGAGAAAAACACCCCUCAGCAAGAGACUCACAUCGGAAGAGAUAGAAAGCAAACUUAGGAAUGUCCUUCUAGUACUGAAGUAUGUGCAGAACAAAGAUGUGUUCAUGAGGUACCAUAAAGCUCAUCUAACAAGACGAUUAAUACUGGACACAUCAGCUGACAGUGAGAAAGAAGAAAACAUGGUGGAAUGGCUCAGGGAGGUGGGGAUGCCAGCAGACUAUGUCAAUAAACUUGCCAGGAUGUUCCAAGACAUCAAAGUCUCAGAAGACCUGAACCAAUCCUUCAAGGAACUUCACAGAAACAAUUAUGGCAAUGUAGCAGAUAACAUGAAUAUAAAAAUCCUCAAUGCUGGUGCAUGGUCUAGGAGUAGUGAGAGGGUGCCGUGCUCGUUACCAGUCGAGCUAGAAGAUUUCAUCCCUGAAGUAGAAGAAUUCUAUCGCAACAAGCACAACGGCAGGAAACUACAGUGGCAUCAUCUCAUGUCCAAUGGAAUAAUCACGAUGAAGAAUGAAGUCGGUAUGUUCGAUCUUGAAGUCACCACAUUUCAAAUGGCAGUACUAUACGCAUGGAACCAAAGACCCCUAGACAAGAUCUCACUGGAAAACCUGAGGCUUGCAACAGAAUUACCAGAUCAUGAACUCAGGAGAACGCUUUGGUCGUUGGUAGCCUUUGCCAAGUUAAAGAGACAAAUGGUUCUAAUGCAACCAGAGGCUAAGUCACCCAAGGAAUUUGUAGAUGGAACAGUGUUCUGGGUCAACCAAGAUUUUGCUGUCAUUAAGAAUGGGAAGCCACAGAAGCGAGGUAAGAUCAACCUGAUCGGAAGACUUCAGCUAUCUACGGAGAGGAGUACUGAAGAGGAUAAGGAAGGAAUUGUGCAACUCAGGAUUCUUAGAACUCAGGAGGCAAUAGUGAAGAUCAUGAAGAUGAGGAAGAAACUAAACAAUGCCCAGCUCCAGACGGAACUGGUAGAGAUCCUCAAGAACAUGUUCCUUCCGCAGAAGAAGAUGAUCAAAGAACAGAUAGAGUGGCUCAUAGAACACAAGUACAUGAAGAGAGACGAAGGUGACAUCAAUACCUUCAUAUACCUAGCUUAAUCACGCCGGUGCGAAUGGACUGAAUUAGCGGAUUGGUGUGAAUAUACUGGAAAUACCUUCAUCUAGCUAGCUUAAUCACACCAGUGUGAAUGGAAUGGAUUAGCGGAUUGGUGUGAAUAUACUGAAAAUACCUUCAUCUAUCUAGCUUAAUCACACCAGUGUGAAUGGACUGGAUUAGUGGAUUGGUGUGAAUAUACUGGAAAUACCUUCAUCUAUCUAGCUUAAUCACACCAGUGCGAAUGGAAUGGAUUAGCGGAUUGGUGUGAAUAUACUGAAAAUACCUUCAUCUAUCUAGCUUAAUCACACCAGUGUGAAUGGAAUGGAUUAGCGGAUUGGUGUGAAUAUACUGAAAAUACCUUCAUCUAUCUAGCUUAAUCACACCAGUGUGAAUGGACUGGAUUAGUGGAUUGGUGUGAAUAUACUGGAAAUACCUUCAUCUAUCUAGCUUAAUCACACCAGUGUGAAUGGACUGGAUUAGUGGAUUGGUGUGAAUAUACUGGAAAUACCUUCAUCUAUCUAGCUUAAUCACGCCGGUGUGAAUGGACUGGAUUAGCGGAUUGGUGUGAAUAUACUGAAAAUACCUUCAUAUAUCUAGCUUUAUCACGCCAGUGUGAAUGGACUGGAUUAGCGGAUUGGUGUGAAUAUACUGAAAAGAGUUACAAGAGAUCUGAGGGAGAUAAGGAAACAAGAAAUAUUUAUCAUCAGGGAAAUUGAGAAGAGAAAGUUGUGACAAGAUGUGCAGAUGAAUGGAAUCGGCAUGCACCCUCCAACCUUGUCUCUGCUGAACCUUAUGAAGAAUGCUGAUGCGGAACAUCAUCACCAUCAUCUAUCUAUCCUAACUAGGACAAUUAAUUAAUUGAUGUGCAUUAAUCAAUUUUUUUGAAUAUCCUGGAUAGAGAUAUUCCAUGAAUUUGGAAGUGGCCAUUCAUUAAGCGAAUCAUAAAGAGAAGUAUCGAUGAGGUGUGAAGAUGGAUACAAUGAAUGUCUGCCCUCAAACCGUCUUUUGUCAUCUGGUACUAAAGAACAUGAUGAAGAAGAUAGUGACAUCCACAACAUCAUCUAUCUACAUGUAGGGCAGUGUCAACAACCUUACCAGGGACCCAUUUCACAGGGCCUAUUUUCAAAGACAAAUUACAAAAAUCAGUGACAAAUUUGCUGAUACCCAAUCAGAAGCAAGAAUUUCAGUAGCUUAUAACAAAAACUGUAAUUUGUCACUGAUGAGUUUUGUGAAACAGGGCCCUGAUGUAUUGAUGUGAAUAUACUGGUAAGAGAGUCAUAUAUUUAUCUCAUUGAGUUGGAAGUGGCCAUUCAUUUCAGGUUUGCUACAAAAGUAAAUUGAUAAGAGAAAGGUAUAGCGAGAUGUGCAGAAGGUAGAAUCAAUGACCGAUUUUAACUGUCAUGUUGGGCUCAUUCUAAAAACAAUCCACAAGAAAGUGGUAAAUGUAACUGCAAACUCAUCAUAUAUCUAGCCUAAUCAAUAGACUGACUUUUGUGAAUAUACUGAACAGAGAAAAAUAUAUUUAUCUGUAUAAAGUUGGAAGCAAUCAUUCAUUUGGUAUUUGCUACAUGUUGUGGACAUUCCUGAAAGAAAAGUAAGAAAAGAGACGAGUAUGGAUAGGUAGAGCAGUAUUACUCUGCACAUUGUACUAUUUAAUGCAAAUCAUGAUCUGGGGCCCAUUUCACAAAUUCUUUUUUUCAAUGACAAAGUAGAGAAAUUAGGUGACAAAUCUGCUGAUAACCAAUCAGAAGCAAGGAUUUUAGUAGCUUUUAACACAAACUGUCAUUUGUCACUGAUGACAAGUUUUGUGAAAUGCCCCCCUGAUGUUGCAGCAUACUUGAUGGAAGAUCGUUAUUGAAUAUGGAUGCCUGCAAAUGGAGAGAAGAGAUGUAACAUGGUCUAGUGGUAAGGUCAGCUCUCUGUUAUUGCCUUCCUCUGACGGAGCUCGUUUCAAAACUGAUUUUUGUCUUUUGGAUGGUGGCAUGAAAGGUUGGUCCCAGGACGUAAAUAAUCAUACCUGAUUGAUACAUAUCUGUAAAAGCUCUAUUACAACAGAAAGCAAGCCUCAAAACAUCUUCUCUGCUCAUAUUGAGAUGUGAUGCAGAACUUGUUUCAAUGUCCUCAACUGUAUAUGAUUCAUAGAACAGUAACAACCCUCCUAUCAUCAUCAUCUGUAGUGGAUCUGAGAAACGGUUCUGAUAUUGCAUUCUGAUUAAAUCAAGAUGCAAUGUAAUGUGGUUAAAUAUGAUCUGUGGAAUAUAUCGCAGUUAUCCAAAGAUUUGAUAUUGUAUCCAUACUGCUGGUCCUUUCGAUUGUAUGAACCAAGUGACAUAUAACGGUAAUAGUAAUUGAAUUAGAGCUUCAAAAUCUAUAAUGUAUGUUAGAGUCUAGUACACUGUAUUUCCUCCAAUGACCACAACUCAAUUGUAUGAAAAGGCAUGCCUAUGCUUUUUUGUCCCAUACAUUGCAUACCACAUCUGAUCGUCAAGUAGCCUUGCUAGAACUUUCAUCAGAAGAUAUAAUCGUAGAUUUCCACACAAAUCGUGUAUCAGUUAUCUCAUCUGUAUGACUUUAUUUAGCUAUGAUUUGUUAUGGUUAUAUAUCAGUAGAGCUUCUGUGCUUUAGGGGAACUUAUCUGUGCAAUAUGCAUUACUAUUUCUCUUUUUUGAACAAACCUAGUCAUGUUUUGCAACCAAAAUGUCUGUUUGUCUGCUCCUGAUAUUUUAGGCUUUUGAAAUGUAUUUCGUCUAUUGAGAGCCAGAAGGGCACUAACUCUGUUUUAAAGUGUUGGUAUAAAGGCCUUUCUGGCUCCAAACAGACAUAUUUUUUUCUGUAUCUCCAAUAAAAAAGAAUAGUAUCAUUUCCAUCUUUAGAAGUGUUGAAUCAAUAUUUUAUUACCACUUUCAACACUCACUUUGAUAAUGUUGGUUUUGAUCAUUUUGAUCAUGAAGGUUUUUUGUUAUCUAUCCCCAAUGAAACAGAAAAUACAGGUAGUAUCAAUUUUGCAUCUUUCAAAGUGUUGAAUCAAAUUCUAUUAGCACUUUCAACACUCACUGUGAUAACAUUGAAACAGAUCAUGAAGGUUUUAAAAUGGACAAGUUGUACAAUAAAUAGAAAUUCACCCCUAUAGGCAUCAUUGUGAUGAAAGUGGUCCUCUCAAUGCAAAGAACACAAUUCAUGACGCCCCUCCCUACCCUUCCCCCUCACUCACAAACACACACACAUUUUGUCAGAGGUACAUUCAUGUCGAGUUACCUCUUUUUGUGUUUUCCUUUUCUUUCUACAAUCCUUCUUUGUGUCUCCAAAAUUUAGUUGCAGUCAUUUAAUACUCCCCAGGGAGUGAGCGUUGACACUAUCACGUGUGGAUAACCAAUUGAAUCCAUUGACCGAGGUGAUAAUAACUACAAUGUAAAGCACUUAGAAAUGUUGUAUUAAGUGCUAUACAAAUAAAUGUGACUGUUAUUAUUAUUCUUAUUUAAAACAAAAAUAUGUUGUCAUCGGAUCAUGUUUGAGGGCAUUUGUAAAGUACAUUAUGUAAAUUUCAAAGGGUGAUCAUGAUGUACUUGCUUACUGUACAAUUACCGUACCAACUGUGUCAAAUAGUUCGAAACAUGUUUUCCAAAAAUAGAAAAUGAUGCAUAGGGCUACUCAUGAAUCGUUAUGUUUGGUACAUGCAUAUUUUCAUAUAGAUAUGCAAGACACUUGUAUAUAAAAAAGGUUUAUAUAUUAUAUCGAUAUACAAUUGUGUCAUAUCAUAUUAUGCUUUCUUGGCCUACUUUCUUUUUCAAGCAAUCAUGAGGAAAAUUUAUGAAUGUCUGUCAGCUUAGAAUAUGUUUUUCUUCAGACUUGAUAAAUGAAAAAGGCAUAAUCUGUUCUGUGAGUUGAAUUUUCACAUUAUGUUUCCUGAUGUAAGCAUAUACAUUUUACACAUGUAGCAUGUAUUCAACUUAAGCCUGCUACCCAAUGCCUAUAAUGCUCAUAACUCAGUAUUUAUGCUGUCAAGAUGGGUGACAUACCUUUCUGAUGCUUAAUAUACUGGUAUCAAAUGGAAGUUAGAGCUAUCUUUCCAACAUCACUUUAUUCUCUUGGUGCACACCACUUCUUUUGCGACCAUAAACAAACUCUCUGAAACUUCUUUUUUUAAACAGUAAAAGGACACUAACUUUGUGUUUCAAAUUGAUAGAGGACAUUAGAGGUGAAGGUUUCCUAAAAGGCUCCUUUAAAUCUAACCUACUUU